AGAAACCCGAAGCUCCCGGAAAAACUUUUUUUUGUGUGUCGUCUAGUUUCCCUCCGUCGCAGACCGACAUAUUCAGACCACAAGGACGUUUGUGAACAUCUCCACCCGAGAAGAGCUUUUAUUUUUAAAGAGACCACCUUACAUUUCGUCGUGGUAACCUGUGUCUCUGUUACGUAGCUUAUAUUUAUUCAGUGUUGCUCGCAGCAGGUUGAAUUCGUUGAGUCGUCUCUUGGCGACUGGGCCUGCAGGUUCACCUCGGAAACCACCUUCAGUUCAAGAAAGCAACAAGAAAAGGAUAAUUUAAGGAGAUAGUAAAUAGUUCAGGAGCUGUAAGGUCGUUUUAUUUUAUUUUAGCAGUUAGUCCAGGUGUUCACUCCUAAUGGACUACAUGGAUAGUGGACCGAGAUACACCCCAAAGUCGGACAAAGACUGGGACACCUCGGUCCAGUUCCUGCCAGCAUCGGAUAACAAGAAGCUUGAGAAGAAAAAGGGUCCGGGGAAGGUCGGGGCUGUGAUCGGUGUGGUGAUCUUUGCAGCCGUUAUCGCGCUUAUGACCGGACUGCUGGUCUGGCAUUUCCACUUCCGUAAAGAUGUGCGUCUCAAGAGGAUGUACAGCGGCUCCAUGCGGAUCACCAACCAGGUGUUCGAAGACGCCUACGAGAACUCCAACAGCUCCGAGUUCAAAGCACUGGCGAAACAGGUGACCUCACAGCUUAAAUCCAUCUAUUCCAAAAGUCCAAAGUUGUCAAAAUACUACGUUGGAUCCAACAUUCAGGCUUUCAGUGAAGGCAGUGUUAUUGCCUACUACCUGUCAGAGUUCAAAGUCCCUGCAGGCCAGGAGGCGUCUGUGGAUCACGCCAUGGCUACGAUGGAUAAGCUGGUGGAGAACCUUCAGCGCUCCGGGAAACGACCCAGCAACUCUCUGGUGGUGGCGGACGUGGUGUCUUCAGCCCUCGAUGAUCGUCUGUUAUCAACAUCAUUCAGCAGAUUUUUUAAGUAUGCAGAACACACAAAGUCCAAUCAAGUGGGGCAGAUCCAGUCCCCUGGCUUCCCUAACAAACCGUACCCCCCCAACACCUUCAUCCAGUGGCAGCUGAGAGCAGACCCCAACUACGUCAUCAAGCUUGAAUUCGAUACGAUGAAUCUGGAAGAGAACUGCAAGAAUGACUUUGUCAAGAUCUACGACUCUCUGGUGGCUAUUGAGAGCCGCGUUAUGGCAGAGAUGUGCGGGUACUACUCUCCCAGUGAACCAUUGACCUUUCUGUCUUCUGGAAAUGUCAUGCUGGUGACGAUGGCCUCCAACGACAAGAAGAACUUCCCUGGAUUCAGAGCAAAAGUCUCACAAGUCAAACGUGGAAGUAAAGGUACAACAUGCGGUGGGCAUCUGACGGGUGAAAAAGGCACCUUUUCUUCUCCCAACUUCCCAAAUUACUAUCCUACUCGGACCUCAUGUCAGUGGUCCAUCACGGUCCCUACUGGUAAGGCGGUGAAGUUGACGCUCAAAAAGUUCUUCUUGUCUGAGCCGGGGCAGGAAAAAAGUAAAGACUGUCGCAAAGACUACGUGGAGGUCAACAAAAAAAAGCUCUGCGGAGAACAACCGGAAGCAACGACAGAAACCAGCAUCACCAACAGCAUGAGCGUGGUGUUCUCCUCCGACAACUCGUAUGUGGACCGAGGUUUCGAAGCCACCUAUGAGGCCAUCGACGCCAAAGACCCUUGUCCAAAGCAGUUCAUGUGCAGAAACCAGCGCUGCAUCAAAACAGAGCUCAAGUGUGACGGCUGGAAUGACUGCGGGGACAUGAGUGAGGAACUGAAUUGCAAGUGCAAUGCAAAGGAUAUCUCAUGUAAAAAUGGCCUGUGUAAGCCCAUGUUCUGGAAAUGUGACGGCGUGAAUGACUGUGGAGACGGAACCGAUGAGCUGGGCUGUGGCGGGUGCAAAUCUGGACAAGUAACAUGUAGGAACAAAAAAUGUGUUUCUGAGAAGAAUCGCUGUGACGGCAGGGACGACUGCGGAGACGGGUCCGACGAGCUCGACUGUGGCAGAAGUACUGACAGUCGCUGCACUGAACUCACAUAUAAAUGUAAAAACAAUAAAUGCAUCAGUAAAGUGAACCCAGAAUGUGACGGGACAGCAGACUGCGAAGACGGAUCGGACGAGGAGAACUGCGACUGCGGGAGGAGUAAGUUCAAGACGUCGCGUAUCGUGGGUGGUCAGGACACAGAGGAAGGGGAGUAUCCCUGGCAGGUCAGCCUGCACAUCAAGAAUUACGGUCACGUGUGCGGAGCGACCAUCAUCAGUCCACGCUGGCUGGUCACUGCGGCCCACUGCGUGCAGGAUGACGGCUCGACAAGCUACUCCCUGCCCGGCACUUGGGAGGUGUACCUCGGCCUUCACACCCAGCGGAAGAUUGGCAGUUCCGUGGUGAAGAAGAACCUGAAGCGGAUCAUAUCCCACCCCAACUACAACGCAUACACCUUCGACAACGAUAUCGCCCUGAUGGAGCUGGACAGUCCUGUCACCUUUUCCGAUUACAUCCAGCCCAUCUGCCUGCCGUCUUCCACACACGAUUUUCCAACGGGUAACACUGUGUGGAUCACCGGGUGGGGCGCAACUCGAGAAGGAGGAUCUGCUGCAACAAUUCUCCAAAAAGCCCAGGUCCGCAUCAUCAACCACUCGGUGUGUAACGACCUGAUGGCAGGGCAGAUCACGUCUCGGAUGUUUUGUGCCGGAGUGCUGACCGGAGGAGUCGAUGCUUGUCAGGGCGACUCUGGCGGCCCUCUGACCAGUCCGUCCGGCAGUCGCAAUUUCCUGGCGGGGGUGGUGAGUUGGGGGGACGGCUGUGCCCGCAGGAACAAACCUGGCAUCUACACAACAGUCACCAAAUUCCGUGGCUGGAUCAAAGAAAAGACAGGAGUGUAGAUGCAUUCAAAAUGGCGAAACAAGGCCAUAUUGACAUGAACACGGACUGAUGACAGGGGGCACAGUGUGGAUCUUUGCUUCACCACUCUGGUGUAGUGGCCUUGACUCCCUGUCGCAGCUGCAGUGGAAAAAGCACUGUUUGCUUGAAGAGCAAUUGCAACACAAUGUUAUGUCCACUGUGAUUUUAUGAGGGUGGGGUUGAUGAAAUGUUUUUAAAUGUAAAUAUAAGUUUUAUUUUUGUGGUUUUUUUAUGCUGUGGUUUUAGCGUGUUUUGAUGGAGAACAUUGUUAUGUGCUGCACAAGAAACAGAUUUUAAGCGUGAUUGUUACACAUGAGUUGUGCCUCCUUGUGCACUGUCUGGUGUUUUAUCGGUAGAUAUCAUUAGAAUUUCCCACCUUUUUCCUUGUUGUCUUUGUUCUGAAUUUUAUAAAUUAAAAACAAAAUAACAGCAAGCUCAUUCCAUCUUACCUCCUAUGGCUUGGUAUAUUACACAUUUUGUUAUAGACUUUUAGGAAAUCCCCGAAGGUUAGUGAUGUGAUUGUUCCCUUUCACAAGCAUUUCCCUUCUCAUGUUGAAUAGCAUUUCAUUGUUACAGCUGUGAAUUGCUUUUCUAUCUGCAUAAAACACAUCAACAUAACAGCAGCAGUUUAUUCUUUCAUGUUUGAUAUUAUGUGACAUCUAUUUCAUAAACCACAAUGUUGCCAAUUUAUAAUGUUUCAAAUCUUUGUAAAUGUGAGUUUUAUUGCAAAUAUUUAAUAAAAUAUUUCUUAUACAACCUGA